UUAUUACUAGCCAAGUAGCCAUAGAGAUUUAUUUUGAGGGCAAACUCAUCGGGGGUUUUCGUUUAAUUUUCUCAGGAUUGUUCGCAGUUCGCACUCAUAAAAAAAAGUCGGACUCUUCCAGGCUCCAGCUCCGGGUUCCAACUGUGAGAUUGAUCCUAGGUUCCUUUCGCACUUGAUUUCUCCGGGUUGUUCAGGUGCAUCUAUAGCAAUUAAUACGUCAUUGGCUUUCAGCAACAUGCGGAGGUACAGUCCCCCAUACUAUAGUCCUCCCAGGAGAGGACAUGGAGGUCGAGGAAGGAGUCCCCCAAGAAGGGGAUAUGGAGGGCGCAAGGAACAGAACAAUGGGAGCCUGUUGGUUCGAAAUGUUCCUCUUAAUUGCAGGCCAGAAGAUCUUCGAGUUCUAUUUGAAAGAUUUGGGCCAGUAAGGGAUGUUUACCUGCCAAAGAAUUAUUAUACAGGGGAACCUCGAGGUUUUGCAUUUGUGCAGUUUGUAGAUCCUUUUGAUGCCACAGAGGCUCAGUAUCACAUGAACGGUCAACUUUUUUGUGGGAGAGAGUUAACUGUGGUGGUUGCUGCAGAGACCAGAAAAAGGCCUGAGGAAAUGCGAAGACGAGUGAGGGUAAGAGGGCCUUCGGGUCAUCAAGGUCGACGAUCAUCUUAUUAUGGACGUUCACGGUCCCGUUCAGUAUCGCGUUCACGCUCUCCACAUUAUCCUUCUGCUUCAAGAAGCCGAUACCGCUCAAGAUCCUACUCUCCUGCCCCAAGGAGAGGUGACUACUCAGUUUCUCCAAGGAGGCAUGGAGAAAACCCAGGAUCACCAAGGAAUCCUCCCCCAGAACGAGAUGAUGAUCAUACACGUAGACAUUCAUACUCUCCGCGCUAUGAUGAAGCUGAUGGGAAUCAGGGUGGCAAGGGUUAUGACAAAAGGUCUACAUAUGAAGCUGAGGAAGCACAGACAGGCUGGAGAUCAUCUCCUGGACGUGCCUCAAGAUCACCAUCUGGGUCAAGAUCUAGGUCAGCUGAUUUGUCACCUAGGCACAGCAGAUGAUUGAAACUUUAAAGAUGCAACUGACUCCUAAAUGAAAGGUGAUUCCAAUCCUUGUGGACUAGAUACGGUCUCUAAUGUUUUGUGGCUGUUAAGUUUCUGAUUCUCUUUCUUCAGAUUGUAUAAACUAUAAAGUUUGGAUCUGUUAACAUUAUCUGCUCUCUAGAUUAUUAUUAUUAUUUUUUUUGUUAGAGAUUCAAACUGAAUACACCUGCUUGUGGUAUGGGGACCCAAUCUAUCUUAUUUAUGGUCAAAUUUUGUGA